GCACUCCCCUCCCGCUUCUCCCGGUCCCAAGUCCACCCUGGAAGUUUGUCUGGGCGCAACGCUGAAGCCGCUGGUCAGACAGACCUGCCCACGAAGGAGAGGGGAUGGGCUGGCCCGAGGGUAAGCAGAGGUGGCCUGCCUUCUCAGCCCUGCACCCCGGGGACAUUAAAGUACACCCAGGGUGGAUUUACCCAGCCUGCUGCGCCCUCGCCCUCGCCCUGCCUCCGGACUGUCUUCGCGGCUGUUACAGUGGAUGCGCGUACAUGGAGCGUCGGGAGCUCUUCCUUCUGCUCCAGGUUUCUGUGGCUCCUCAAGCUGUCAGUCACCAUCCUGGGACUCGUUAUCGUUCUGUUGAUGUUCGUAAGUGUGUCCAUUCAGGCCAACUUCAGCAUGUUCAAGCCAGAGAUCCCCAAGCCUGCGUGGGACCCAGUGCUGAGACUUCUACCAGAGGCACAGCUGAGGGAGCUCUUUACCUACAGUGGCAUCUGGCUCUUCCCUAAGAAUCAGUGCGACUGUCACUCCGGCCAACUGCAAAGAAAAUAUAAUUUUCAGGAUGCCUAUAACCAGAAUGACCUCCCAGCUGUGAACGCCAGGAGACAGGCGGAAUUUGAACACUUUCAGAGGAGAGAAGGGCUGCCCCGCCCACCACCUCUGCUGGCUCCGCCCAAUCUCCCUUUCGGCUACCCGGUACACGGUGUGGAGGUGAUGCCGCUGCACACAAUCCUCAUCCCAGGCCUCCGGUAUGAAGGGCCAGAUGCCCCAGUCUAUGAGGUCACCCUGAGAGCGUCUCUGGGGACACUGAACACCCUUGCUGACGUCCCAGAAAACGUGGCACAGGGCAGAGGCCAGAAGCAGCUGACCAUCUCCACCAGCGAUCGGAGGGUCCUGAAUUUCAUCCUUCAGCAUGUGACGUACACCAGCGCAGUGUACCAUCUCCACAAGGUGGACGUGGUGAGUUUGGAGUCCGAGUCCUCAGUGGUCAAGUUUCCAGUCACCAUCAACCAGCCAGUUGUACCCAAGUUGUAUGACCCUGGACCUGAGAGGAAGCUCAGAAACCUGGUGACCAUUGCCACCAAGACUUUCCUCCGUCCUCACAAGUUUAAGAUCCUGCUUCAGAGCAUUCGAAAAUAUUACCCAGAUUUAACUGUGAUUGUGGCUGAUGACAGCAAGCAGCCCCUGGAAAUUAAAGAUGACUAUUUGGAAUAUUACCCCAUGCCCUUUGGAAAGGGCUGGUUUGCUGGUAGAAACCUGGCCAUCUCACAGGUGACCACCAAAUAUGUCCUCUGGGUAGAUGAUGACUUUCUCUUCAACAACAACACCAAGAUUGAGGUGCUGGUGGAUGUCCUGGAGAAAACUGAACUGGAUGUGGUGGGCGGCAGCGUGCAGGGGAACACUUUCCAGUUCAGGCUGUUGUUGGAACAGAGUGAGAACGGAGACUGCCUUCACCAGAGGUGGGGAGCGUUCCGGGCCCUGGACGGCUUCCCCGGAUGCACGGUGGCCAGUGGCGUUACCAACUUCUUCUUGGCUCACACAGAGCAACUCCGAAGAGUUGGUUUUGAUCCCAUCCUGCAGAGAGUGGCUCACUCAGAGUUCUUUAUUGACGGGCUGGGAAGCCUGUUGGUGGGCUCAUGCAAGGACGUGACUGUAGAGCACCAAACACGGACGCCAGCAAAAGACCCAGCGCUGGCUGCCUUGGAGAAGUCUUACAGCACUUACCGCACCAACACCAAUUCUCAGGUCCAAUUCAAGCUUGCGCUCCACUACUUCAAGAACCGUCUCCAGUGCUCCACUUAAAGGUGCAAGGGACAGGAAGUUCAAAUAAACAGACUGGCUGCUAGCAACAACAACAAAGAAAAAGAAAAAGAAAAAAGGACUGGUCAUUAGGGAUACCAAAAGCAGACUCCCAACAAGAGGAACAGGGGGACAAAGUAGCCAGGAGCUGGAGCUGUUGUAGGGACCUCGAAGUUGGCUGGAGAUACCCCAAGGCCAAGUUCUCAGCACAAAGAUUAUCUGCCCUGGAGGGGCAAAGAGCAGGGAAUAAGAGACAAAGACAGGGGCCCGGUGGUGGCAGCACUCAGGAAGGCAGAGGCAGGCAGAUCUCUGUGAGUUUGAAGCCAGGCUAGUGUACAGAGCUAAAUUCCAGGACAGCUAAGGCUACACAGAGAAACCUUGUCUGGAGAAAAACAAACAAACAAAAAAGAAGAAGAAAAAAAAGCCGAACACUGAAGAGGAGGAUGGAAAGGGAAGGGGUGAGGGAGACCAGCUAAUGCCAGCUUUGAAUUCAGAGAUCCACCAGCCAGGGCUAUAGACUGAGCAUUUUGUUUGUUUUGUGAUUUUUCGAGACAGGGUUUCUCAGUGUAGCCCUGGCGGCCUGGACUCACUUUAUAGACCAGGCUGGACUUGAACUCACAGAGAUCUGCCUGCCUCUGCCUCCCAGAGUGCUGGGAUUACAGGUGUGCACCCGGCUUGAUGAAUUUUUUUUUUUAAUAUUUAAAAACAAAACCCAAAUCAGGCUGGGGAAAUGGCUCAGAAGCUGCCCAAGCUUGAGGACUUGAGUCCAGAUUCCCAGAACACAAAGCAAGGCGUGGCUGCAGUCUGUAACUCCAGGCACUCUGGCAGCAACUACGCCAUCCUCCAGUUUGACAGGAUUAUCAUCAGCAUGCCCAAGCACAGUGCCUUCUCUACUUCAAGAUCUAGAACCAUCUCUCCAGGAGAGAGAAACUAUGAUCUAGUGUAAAAGGAACUUUUGUCUGUUUCCAUUGUCUCAGGGGCUUACUACCUCCUUCUGCUAACCUAGGCCUAGUCCUGGAAGCUUCUAGCCUCCGCGCACUGUCUUAGGGUUUUCAGCCUCUCAAACUUGCUGCUUAAUAAACUCACCCUUUCUUGUUCUUACUGAGCUCUGGGCUGUCUGAUUCAACUCAGCUGUUCUGCUUCAAACUCCUCUCCCAGGUGAUUUAUUCAAUCUGGCUUCUCUCUCAGUCCCUGAAUUGCUCUAGUUGGCAUCAAACUAACUGGAGCAAUCUUUUCUAAUCUUCUGGCUCCUUCUCAUUCGCCGGCUCACUCAUUUGGUCUUCACCUGUGUCUAGCUUAUCCGCUUAUUCAACCUCUCUCUGUAAAACUAUCCCAGUAAAAGCUACCUUUUCUCUCAUUCUCUGUGUUGCUCCCUCAAUAGUUCCCCUCUCUUCUCCUGAGUUGGGUUAUCCUAUUUUGUCAAAUCUUUCUCUGAUUUGUCACCUCUUCUGCCACUCAAUUAGGUGUCACUUUCAAACAUGGGUGCUUCCUUCUACAAACUAUCUUUACUUUCAUUGUUUGGGAUUAAAGGUAUGUACCACCACACCUGGAUCUAAGCUUUUCUUUACUUGAAACUUGCUCUAUACCAGGUUGGCCUUGAAUUCAGAUCUGCUUGCCUCUGUCUCCUGGAUUAAAGGUAUGUUUGUAUUCCAGCCAUAUCACACAAACCUAGAAGGUCUUUGGAUGUGAUCUCUUGCCAGGAUGGCCAUCUUCUGUAUUAAAAUUCCUCUACAAUCCAGUAACCCCUCUUCCCCAGGAGCACUAAAUGUUCUCAAGGGAUGUGAAACAUUACAUUCAACCCAAAGGCUUCAGGAAGUCCCUGAAACCUACCAGACACAGUAGGCCCCUCCCUCCCAAGUAGAUAAAAGGUGCUAAGAGGCAUUCUCAGCCAAGCUGAGCUCCCUGCAACAGACGUUUUCUAACCUGUCAAGCUGCCUGCAAAUGGUACAGAAGACUCCAAGUUUACUUCUUUUGUGACAUGGUGAGCUCUCAUGGUACAGCUGUCUUUUGAGUCAUUUCCUUUUCUGUAAUAAACCCUCACCCAUAUGUCUGUAAGUAAUCCCAAUAAAACUCGUUGGUCCACUA